GUAGACUAUAGAGAAGAAUGAUCAAGAAUAUGGACAUUUGGGAGCAGACAUUUCAACAGCUAAUUAGAAAGGAGAAACCUCAGCAUCGAUGGAUCCUGGAGGUAGACCGAAACCUUAAGAUUAAUAGAUCAGGACAUGGAUGGAGACAAUAUAGGCAUCAUGGAUUUGCAAGGUUUCGGUGCUCCUUGUGCGGGCGUCGCUGGAUCUCGGCCCAGGCGGUGAUUCUCUUCCGGAUGCGCCUGCAGGAGCCCUACGGUGAGGUCAAGAUGAGGCUCUUUGCCCAGCGUUGCCAGAGGUGCCAGAUGGCCCUGUUUGAGGAGCCCGAGUUCAGUGAGGAGGGCGUCCAGAGGGUCCUGAGGAGCCUGGUCAGGAGGAUCCUGCUGAGAUGCUACCGGGAAAACGUCCCCCAGGAAUGGGACCUCGAGGCCACCCGUGAAGACCCUCUCAGAGAGGCCUUCCUCAACGGGCCUCACGACAGGGAGAAUUGCGAGGCGUGUUUGCUGGGCGUCUUCUGCCCGAGACAGGCCAGCAGCACCGACUCGAAGUCACAGCCAGCUGCGUCCAGUGUCUGGUGCUAUCCAUGCCCUGCCCUUACCAGAGCCAGCAAUGACUCGACCUCAGUCCCGCAGGCUCCCCUUAAAAAGAGGAAGCUGAUCCUCCUAGUUUCCCUCAGUGCUGUUAUCAUCCCACUGAUUGUCCUCAUGGUGGUGCUCUGGGCCACUGGCGUUCUUUAAGAAAAGCUGUAAGUGGGGGCAGCUGGGUGGCUCAGUGGACAGAGAGUCAGGCCUAGAAA